AUGGUGAUGGAGGCCACCCCGUCCCCCUCCCCGCAGAGCGUCGGCCGCGAGUUCGUCCGACAGUACUACACGCUGCUAAACAAGGCGCCCACACACCUCCACAGGUUCUAUAACAACUACUCGUCAUUCGUGCACGGCGGUCUGGACGCGCCGCACCGGGAGACCCUUCCCGUGGUCGGACAGAAGCAGAUCCACAACCGCAUCCAGCAGCUCAACUUCCGCGACUGCCAUGCCAAGAUCAGUCAGGUGGACUCGCAGGCGACGCUCGGCAACGGCGUGGUGGUGCAGGUGACGGGCGAGCUGUCCAACGGUGGCGCCCCCAUGCGGCGGUUCACGCAGACCUUCGUGCUCGCGGCCCAGUCGCCCAAGAAGUACUACGUGCACAACGACAUCUUCCGCUACCAGGUGACGGGCGAGCUGUCCAACGGAGGCGCCCCCAUGCGGCGGUUCACGCAGACCUUCGUGCUCGCGGCCCAGUCGCCCAAGAAGUACUACGUGCACAACGACAUCUUCCGCUACCAGGACCUGGUGGCCGAGGACGAGGAGCCGGGCUCGCCCGCGGAGCCGGCCGGCUACUUCCCCCCGCCGCCCUUCCCGCCCGCCUUCCCCGCGCCGCCCGCGCUGGACGAGCCGCAGCUCAACGGCCACCAGCCCGAGCGGCUCCACGCGGCGGCUCCCGCAGCGCCUGCUGAGCCGGAGCCCGAGCCGGUGGCGCCCCCGGCGGCGGUGGCGGCGCCCUCGCCCGAGCCCGCGCCCGCGCCGGAGCCCGAGCCGCGCGAGCCCACGCCGCCGCCCGCGCACCAGCCCCAGCCCGUAGUCCCCCCGGAGCCGAAGACGUACGCCAACCUGCUGAAGUCGUCUGCGCCGGUGUCUGCGCCCGGCCCCGCCCCCGCCCCCGCCGCCGGCCCCGCCCCCGCGCCGCUCGAGCCCCGCCCCCGAGUGCCGCGCCCGCCCCGCGACCUGCCGCCCAACGAAGGCGGGCGGGCCGAGCGCGGGCCUCGCGACGGCGACCGCGGCGGCGACUCGCGCCGCUACUCGGACUCGCAGCAGCUGUUCCUCGGCAACGUGCCGCCCUCCGCCACCGAGGAGGAGCUGCGCGCGCUGUUCUCGCGCUUCGGGCCCGUCGCCGAGCUGCGCGUGCUGGGCCGCGCGCCGCACCCGCACUACGGCUUCCUCACCUACGAGAGCGCCAAGCACGCGCAGGACUGCCUCGGCGCGCAGCCGCUGUACUUCCCGGCGGACAGCCCGGACGGCGUGAAGCUGAACGUGGAGGAGAAGAAGGCGCGCGGCUCGGCGCCGCGCGACGGCCGCGACCCCCCGCGCCGCCGCCCCUCCUCCUCGCACCGCGCCUUCCCCGCCCCGCCGCGCCAGCCCUACCGCCGCUAACGACGCACCUCGGCGCUCCUUCCUCCAUGUGACCGCGGCGGGACCCACGAGGCCCCACACACUCCUGUCACCUGCUAACCGUAUCACUCCACACUUAACUCGGACGGUCCGUGACAACUAU